UCAAACAGCUUGUCGUGCAGUGCAACAGCAGCAGUGCAGAAUAAUCCUUGCAACAUUGUGCGUGAAAAACUAGCAACUUGACAAGGAACGCCGAUGAUUGCGAGUUGUGUCGUGAGGAGUGAAGUAGCAAUCGAAGGAAUUGAAUUGCUAAUACACCUUCUACUCAAAGUGUCAGACUAUCGAUAAAAUUUCAUCGUUUGAAGGCGGAAUUUUAGCAGUGCAAUGAUGCUGCCACUGAUACGGCCAUUCGUUGUGACUCUGACGAUGGCUGUCAUCGUCUUGUUGUGUUUGAUCCUGGAUCCGACAUCCGCAGCGGCUUUGGCACGGAUCGGAUCCCUUAAAGCCAAAAUAAACAGAGACAAAAGUAAUCCCGCCUUCAGCAGUACAAAACCACCGACAACUUUGCCGAAAGGUCCCGACACGACAACUCGUCUUUUCUUACCAACGUUGCACGUGCUGUUGGACGACGUGCCGGGAUCGCGAGAAUUCUCAAGUCCUUCUAUUCAAAAGGAAACGUUUCGUCCCACCAGUUUACCGGCAUCCAGUCGAGCUCCCCUUAAAGGUUUCAAUUUGAUCCUGGACGAUGCUUCUCCUCUAUGGCGAAACACGCAAGCUCCUGCGAUGAAGACAACCCACCGAUUUGAAAAUGGCAAUUUGAACGCGAACGAAGAGCGUUCAACAAACUUGGCCGAUUCACCACAAGAUGGCAUUCAAAUCACCAAAGGCCCGUUUUUUACCAACAAUCCAAAGAUCGAACAUCAUCAUUUCCAGAAUAUUGACCAUCUCCCCGAAAAAUCCGACACGUCGACGAUGAAGAAUGUUGAACAAACAACGACCCGUCCAUUCGCCCCUACGCUGAACUUGGUGAUGGACGGGCCGCAGGAUCUUUCUUCGCCAAAGGAUCGUAUGAAAAGCCCCACCACAACUCGAAAGCCGCUUCUUCGGCCGAUCGAUUCCUUGUUGUUGCAGUACCAACGCGAAGAAGAGCAAUCCAACAAAAAGAAGAGGCCGCAAGAUAAUCUUUUGGAAUGGCUAGUGAUGAUGCAACAACCUGUUACGACUCCCGUCGAGCCGGUCAAGAGUUUCCCGAUCGAAGAGGUCAAGACAUCCGUUCAACCAGUCAAGACUUUACCUGUUGAAACUGUGCUGACACGCGUCCAGCCGGUGAAGACUUUUGCUCUUCACGAAAUGCCACCGAUUGAGUUGAACCGUGACAAAGAAGGCCAGAAGAAUGACGAAUAUGAAUACGAGUACGAGGAAGGUUACGACGAAUUGUCGGAAGUUGAAGAUCAAACCGAUGUGAAGCUGACGAGUGUCAACCUGCCAAGCAAGUCUGUGAACGAGGUGAGCCAAUCCAACGAUUGGAAACGAGUUGGCAGUACGUCAGGGAUGAACGAUCCUGACGAGGACUUUAUCGGACCGGUCGUAUCGCAACUGAUGAAGCCAAUCACAUCUCCAUCGCCUUUGAACAAAAAAACAGGAACUGCCUGGCCGACGACUUCGUUUGGAACAAAACAGGCCAGCAAACCUACUGUGACAGUUGGCUUAAGAGAUUGGCCGGUCCAGGUGGGACUCCAGCGGCCGUCACCACCUGCCCAGGUCGGUCUACCAGAAUGGCCCGUCCAGGUUGGAUUGCAAUCGCGUCCCAAACCGACCAAAGCGACCGUCAGGCCGGGCGAAUAUCAAAUGGGUAACGUUUACGCCACCUCUGUGACGACCCCAUCUUCGAACGGAAUCAGUUGGCAGGAAAAAAGAAAACCGACCGUUGCAGGUGAAUAUCAAAUGGGCAACGUCCAAGGUAAUCAGAUACUGGAACGUUUCAACUUGACAUCUGCGGCCACUCGACGUCCGUCUGAUAGUUCACCGGCAACGCGUCCUUCAAACAUCUACAAAAAUCAACAGAAACGUCCGCCGUUGACGUCACUGCCAUUCGCCGUCGUCGAAAAAGAAGACAUCAAAGAAAAUGAAAAUAGAAGGAAGGUCGUCAACUCGUAUCAGAUAGACGCCCGCGUUCCGUCCUACGGUCAAUCGUCGUAUUACCUGAAUAACAAUUCCCCGUCGUUUGGAUCGUCCGGACAGCUGAACAUGUACCAACCGCAAAAACCAGCUGCACUGGAUAUGAAUAGCUAUUAUGGAUAUCCAUCUAGCGGUGGUAAUUAUAAGCCCAUGAAACCUUCCACUCCGAAAUCCGGAGAUCAGCCAUCGAAUUUCGAUUACACAGACGAAGAAGCAAUAGGACCCAUUAAGCCAUUCAUUCCUGGAAUCGGGUUAUUCGGGGACGGAGCCAACGUCAUUUUGAUACCGAAACCGACAACCACUGUUCGACCACCGUUCUUCAGCCCUACUGCAACUUCGAAUCCAACAGGUCAGUUUAGCACGGAACGUCCUGGCGCGAAUCAAAUGUCGACCUCUGCCCCAUUCCAAAUGGAAAAUCAGCAACAAAUGGGUGGCUAUUUCGGAGUGGUCACGUCUGGCCCAUUCUGGCCACCGUUUAUCAGCACAACGAAGAAGCCGAUUCCGUCAGGAGAAUUCUCCACCAGCCGGCCUAUGAAUCAACAACAGAUCUCGACGUUUCGGCCUUUCGAAAUGGAUAAUCAGCAACAAAUGGGAAGUAAUUUUGGCGUGAUUACGUCAGGCCCAGCUUGGCUACCAGCGAUGAGUACCACAACACCAACGCCCUUCACAAUGGAGGAACCGAGCACAAACCGGCCGACUUUUCGGCCUACUAGACCCACGAGACGGCCAACUAUGCGACCUACCGUGCGACCUACAAGACCCACUAGGCCGACAACACCAAGUACAACUACCAGUACAACUACUACCAGUACAACUACGACGACGGAACCGCCUGAACCGACCGACUAUUUCGAUGUUGAGGAAACCGACCCCGAAUUCGGGAUCGAUUAUCCAACCACCCAAGAAGAAAUAGCCAACAUUCCGGGUUUCAACCAGGAUAUCAUAGGCAUCAGUAACAUGGGAAACGUUAUCGUGGUCAUGAAACCAUCCACUGCUGGGCCGGGCCAGCAAACGGCCAGCACCACUGAGACAACUACGCCGUCACCCGUUCAGCAAAUGAUGAGUUCCAGUAGGCGGCCAUCGACUGAGAGCCAAAUGGGCAAUUUCAUCAUCCCGUCUUCCAGCACAGUUGAGCCUCCAUUCAUCCCUGUUGUAACUUCAUCUUCGACUGAGCAAACAAUGGCAACUAGACCCACGACAACAUCUACGAGACCUCCAACUACGGAUGGAGCAUUGCAACCUGACCAGAUGAUUGGAGAAAUGAUUCCAGAAUUUGAGAUCGAUUACCCCGUACAAGAAGAAAUUGCUAACCUCCCAGGAAUUAAUCAGAACCCGAUAGGAAUCAGUAACGACGCCAACGUCAUAAUAGUUCCGAAACCAACCACCGCCCGCCCUACCCAGCGGCCACCUGUCGUUACGAGCUCAUCAACCACAACAUCCAGCCCGUCUGCUUCCCAGCAGCCAUCCAAUUCCAGCAAUGAUUUGAAUGACUUUAUGAACGCAGUCGGGCAGAUCGAAGACCAACUCAAUUUCGGUUUAGAAAACAUUGACGUUAACGAAAACACUGUCAUCACGAAUCACCCUACUGCCCGUCCACCUAAUAUCAUUUCAACCACACCGACCAGUCCGACAUUUCCUUCGAGUCAAAUCGGACUGACGUUUAUUCCCAACAAUAUGCAAAUGAAUAAUCAGCAAUCUACCCCUACUCCGAUCCGUCCGCCUGAUUCGUCAGUGACAUCCGGACCGUUGAAUAACAACAUGAUCCCCACUGUAAAUCCUAUAAGGCCAUCAACAACAACGACGAGUACCACCACGAGGCCCAGCAUUGUCAGUACAAUAGGACCCAUAUAUUUAGGCCCAGAUUUCGGCUAUCCAAACGAGCCGAUUUAUUUUCCAGAAGAAAUAUUAAGACCUAAGCCAGACACUCCUAAACCUUCUUAUGGGGUUCCACCUACUCGCCCUUCGUACGGCGUUCCACCAGUUCCGACGUCAACGAUCGGUACCGGCAAUGAGCAAAACACAACAACGAAACCGGUGAUCAAGCCACCGUUUUUUGUGUCUACCACCACACAGAAGCCGUUCAGUUUCCAGCCGAUCAAUUUGGCCCAACCGACGGACAGACCGAGCGCAACGUUUGAGAAUCAAAUGGGUAACUUCAACGCGAGUUCGAUAGGCACAGGAGGAAGUAGUUCAAACGAGGGCUCGUCGAUUGUUGUCAUUAUUCAGCCACCUUACCUCGGCCCUUUUUUCCCACAAUUUAGCCCAAACAGACCUGUAACAACAACCACCACUCCGACGACGACCACGACUCCAACGACUACAACGCCCACCACGACGACAACUCCGACAACGACGACAACUCCGACAACGACGACAACUCCGACAACGACGACAACCCGACAACGACGACAACCCGACAACGACGACAACCCGACAACGACGACAACCCCGACAACGACGACAACCCCGACAACUACAACUACACCCACAACAAUUCCUACGACAAGCGAACCUUUUGAUUUGUUUCAGCAACAAAUCAAACCGAUUCUACCAACUGAUUUUCAAAUGGGAAAUGGUUUCAUUCCACAACGUCCUAACAACCAAACUCCAUCCGCUUCGGGCGGAUUCAACAUUUCCGCUUUCUUAGAUUCGUUCGCCACCUACUAUGGAAUACCUUCCUUCUUAUUCCCCGGUUAUUAUCAAAUGGGUAAUUAUUAUCAUUUUUCAACCACAACAACAUCAACAACAACAACAACAACCACAACAACAACGGAGGAUAGCGAUUCAGCCAUUUUGAGUGUCGUUUCACCAUCACCCAUUUCUCCGGACAACAGCAGCCUGCCUUGCAUUCAAUUGUCAACCUCAACGGCCACAACCGAACCAACAACACUGGACAAUCAAGCCACGUCGACAAACGAAGUGGAAAUCGAUCAGGAAUCACCUCAACUACCAGCAGUUGUAGUUUCAUCCCCACCAACGCUACCCCCAAUAGCUCAAUUCUUCGUCCCCGUUUCUUCCGGAUCGUCUUCAUCUUCAUCUUCGUCUUCAUCCGAUGGAUCCAUUUCGUCGGGUGGCAUCAUCGGCGGCGUGUCUUCGUCCGGCAGCUCCAUCAGCCUCACCGGAUUCUUAUUGUUCUUCUUCUUUAUCGCAUUGCCCAUCAUCUUUGGCUGUUUGACUCUCUUGGAAAUCCCUUACAUUGUCAGCGGAGUUUUGAUACUGGCAGUCGCCCCGCUAACCCUCUUACUAUUCUUCAAAGUAUCGGGCGCCUUUCACGGACGCAAUCAUCAAAAUUGGCACAUCGAUUGGCGUCGGAUCAUAUCGAAACCUGAUGCUGAGCUGUUGCAACUUGAACAGGACGUCCUGGCCAUGCUGGAUAGUUAUCCUUAUCGGGAGAUGGAGACAACGACAACUUACCAUUGGGAUCAUCUCGAACAUUAUUCUUAUGACCGUUAAAAUUAUAAAUUCAAGGAGGAAAAAAAAAAGUGGGCAGUUUAGAUAUGAGAACUAACACACACACACACACACACUCAUUGUGCUGGGAACUAGUCAGCUUUGAAGUGAAACAACAGAAGGAAAAAAUCCAACGUAACAACGUCGUUUACAUAAAUGGGUGGAUGCGUUUUCAGGUGGUUGCAUUUUGGGGUAAAAAAAAAAAAAAAAUAAUUUUUCGCUUUUGGGUUUGCACGCGCGGCUUGUAUUACUAUGAUUUUUGUGGGGAGUACCAAUAAGUCACAUUUGUAUAAUAUUACAGCACAUUUCCGUUUGAUUGGCAAGAUAAAAAACUAAAGCACAGUACAUCUUAUCAAAUACAACAUUUAAAAAAUUGCAUUCGCACAUAUUGCGCAAUAUAGGGCGUGACAUGAGACGCAGCGUCAAAACAGCAGCACCUGAAUAAUUACAUGGCAAGUGUAUCAAGAUUAUGAAUAAGUAGGUUACUGAAGGUUUUCAUUCCAAAUCUAACCGACAUGUAAUAGUUGUUGCUUAUUGCAGUGAUGUACUCGGUAAACUCUCUCGCAUUCUGUGUUCGUAUAUAGUUAUUAUAAACGAUAUCGUGUUUUUCGAUGUUAUGCCGCAUGAGAACUUGCUGCUUUUCCUCUAUAACAUCGCAUUUCAGUCUGUUUCGACUCCAUAUUUUUCGAGUGUGCGUGUAAAAUUGCGUCGUUGAGGCCAUUUACCUCGACACGACUCGAACUAUUGCAGACAACGGCACAACAACAUGUAAUGAAAAAUGCAAUGAACAUAUUGAAACAAUCGAGGCAAUACAAUAUCUAAAAUUC